CCGCGGCCGCUCCGCCGCCGCCCCAGCGGCAUGGUCGCGCCCGCCCCGCGCCGCCGCCGCCCCGCGCCCCGCGGAAGAUGGAGGGGCACGUCCUAGGCUGGAUCGUCCUGCUGUGGCUCGCAGCUGAGAUGGAGGGGCUACAAGUCACUGUGCCUGAGAAGAAGAAGGUGGCCAUGUUGUUUCAGCCUGCUCUGCUUCGCUGCCAUUUCUCUACGUCUUCCACCCAACCAGCUGUGGUACAGUGGAGGUUUAAAUCUUACUGCCAGGACCGGAUGGGAGAAGCUUUGGGUAUGGCAACUUCUGGCUUACAAACAAUGAGCAAGAGGAACCUGGACUGGGAUCCCUACCUAGACUGUGUGGACAGCAGGAGGACGGUCCGUGUCGUGGCUUCCAAACAAGGAUCUGCCGUCACGAUAGGAGACUUCUAUAAGGAAAGAGAUGUCAGCAUUGUCCACGAUGCAGACCUUCAGAUCGGGAAGCUGAUGUGGGGAGACAGUGGGCUCUAUUACUGCCUUAUUAUCACACCUGAUGAUGUGGAGGGCAAGAAUGAAGAGUCGGUGGAGCUGCUUGUACUUGGCAGGACAGGGCUGCUUGCUGAUCUCUUGCCCAGUUUUGCUGUGGAGAUUAUGCCAGAAUGGGUCUUUGUGGGCCUAGUGAUCCUUGGGGCGUUCCUGUUCUUUCUCCUGGUUGGGAUCUGUUGGUGCCAGUGCUGCCCACACAGCUGCUGCUGCUACGUCCGCCUCCCCUGCUGUCCUGAGUCCUGCUGCUGUCCCCGGGCGCUGUAUGAAGCAGGCAAGGCAGCAAAAGCUGGAUACCCUCCCGUGAUCUCCUCCAUGCCAGGUCCAUACUACAUCCCCACUGUUCCUGUAGCUGGUGUACCAUCUCCUGCUGUGCUGAUGGAUAAGUCGCACCCCCCUCCCUUAGCCCCGAGCGAGUCCAGCGGAGGAAGCCAAAAUGCAGUGCGCAAAGGAUACAGAAUCCAGACCGACAAGGAAAGGGACUCCAUGAAGGUGCUGUACUAUGUCGAGAAAGAACUGGCUCAGUUUGAUCCAGCUAGGAGGAUGCGAGAACGAUAUAACAACACCAUCUCUGAACUCAGCUCUUUGCAUGAGGAGGAAUUGAACUUCCGGCAGCCCUACCGCCAAGCGCGAAGGAAACCUCUUCCUCCUGCAGGGGACCUGGAUGGGGAUGCUGAAUACUGGGCAGGAGUGAUUGGUGGGGGUAGCACAUCAAGGUCACAGGCUGUCCCUGAUUACAGAGAUGAGAGGGACAGUUUCCGGCACAGCCAGCAGAGAUCCAAGUCUGAGAUGCUGUCUCGUAAGAGUUUCUCUGUAGGAGUGCCGGCUGUCUCUAUGGACGAGCUGGCAGCCUUUGCAGAGUCCUACAGCCAGCGGACCCGGCGAGCGGACAGUCAGGAAACUCGGCGUUUUGAGCGGUCAGAGUCGCAUGGUGGCCGAGGUGGAGGGCUGCCCCACCAGGACAGCUCCAUGGAGGAGUACUACACCAAGCGUAGCAGAGGGAACCGAGAGCCACUGACGGACUCGGAUCGAGGCUGGUCAUAUAGCCCACCCCGGAGACGGGCCCAUGAGGAGAAGCAUCUGCCCAGGCUGGUGAGCCGGACACCUGGAGGGAGCCAGAAGUACGAUCACUCCUACCUCAGCAGCGUCUUGGAGAGGAAGUCUCGGAGCUAUGAUGAGAGUGGUGACCGUUGUGAAACCCCCUCAAAGCUCAGCUCGCAACCCAGCCAGAGAGGAGGGGGAACCUAUUAUGCCUGGUCACCACCCUCUACCUACAAACCCGAGAAGCCACAGCAGCAGUCACAGCAGCCGCCACCACCACCUCAGCAGGAGGAAGGAGAGGAUACCCUGCCCCCAUAUAGUGAGAGAGAGCUGAGCCGAGGCCCUUCAUACAGAGCCAGGGAGCAGGCCUACCUCAACGCCUCUGAUAAGAAGAGGAAAAAGGAGCCCAAGAAGACAAACGAUUUCCCCACGAGGAUGUCCCUUGUGGUUUGAAGUUGUUGUGGACAUGUCAUGUUGAUGGGCUGGAUACCAUGAGGUGACUGCGGUGGAAAAGAUACAGACCAACAAGCAAAACAGGCCCCUGUGAACCUUCACAGCUACCAGCCAUAGACUUCUCAUUUCAAUUGUUUGUUUCAUCACGGAAGCAGAGGCUUUCAUGAGAGACAGGUUCCUGUGAACAGCACUCGAUCUCAGAGACUCUGGGAGUCUGCCAGGAAAAGGAGGCCAAGGCUCUCUUUGGCACCCUGCUCCUCAGUGCCCACUAUUCUGUGCUGGAAGGCAGCCACGUCCAUACUAUUCCCACAUCCCUGAACUACAAGCGAGACUGUCUUUGUACCUCUUGCCCUGUCUUACACGCAGAGAGAGGCCUGUCUGCAUACCUCUCGCUCUCACUCUCUCUUCUCUUCUCUAUUUGGAUCAAAAUUGUCUCCAUACUUAGAGCCUUUUCUGUAUCAUCCUCAUGCUGUGAGGAGGCCUUGUUCUAACAGCUGCAGACUGCCUCCAGUUGAUCAGGCCCUAAAUCUUGAAAGAAAAUCUACAUCCUUUCAGAUACUGUAGAAAAAGACUGAUGAGGUGUUACUUUGGCAAGGGCUGAACAGAGAGAGAGAGACAAGUAUGGGCUGGUUUGUUCAAUAUAUUUAGUUCUGUUCAUACUGUGAUGAGAGUUGCAAGUGAGAUUGAUGUAUUGUUUUGAAAGUGGAUCAAAGUAGCUUUUAUUGUGAUGAGAGCAUGAUAUGUUUCCCCCCCACCCCCGCCCAACUGUGAUUUGUUUUGAGACAGUUGCAUUUCCUUGCAGCUGAGCUAUGACCCUGUAGAGCUUCGAGCUGGAAUAUUUACUCCAUCGUAUCAUAGGCAGUGCUCUAGCUUUGCUGGCAUUCUGCUUCCAGCGCCACCAGACCUCUCUGCAUAGUGGGCUUUUUGUUUUAGAGAAGCAAAAACGAGAAAGUUGUGAUGAGGAGAAAGCUGCAGAUCUUCGUUCUGUGCUAUUGGAUUACUCCUUUCUGGUCAUUGGUCCAAGACAUCGAACAGAGCAGUAACCAUAAUGGAGAAAUAAUUAACACUGUGGAUGCACACAAGCUUUGAAAGUUACCUCUUUCAGUUACAACCAUUUCAUUCACUUCAGUUGUGACAUGAUUUUAGUGGCUGUUGUCUCAGGAACAGCUGAAUUUAGAAGUGAGUGCUUCACACCAUCUGCAAGCCUGACAUUCUGGUUUUCAAAGGGUAUAAUGCAGUUGUUCCUUUAAUUUUUAGCUGCUAAAUUAGAAUGAAAUCCAUGUGAAGGAAGAUGAUCAGAAUGUGAAUUUAAUGUCCAGCAUCUUAAUUCCUAUUAGGCCUAGAAACAAGUUAGCACCUUAUUAUGUUACAGACAUUGUAAGUCUCUGAAAUGCCAUCUCUCUUGUUACUCUGGAAAUUUGGGAGCUAACUGGCCUCAAAUUUGUUAGGUGCUCACUCUAGCAUUACUGUUUUGAACACUGCAUUUAUUAACAUAGCUGCAGUUCUCCAUAAAAAUUAGAUUCAUUUCUGUGUUACUCCUUUGCCAUAUUAGUUCAACAGGAGUGGAUUGAGGGAGAGGAAGAAUAAUCUCCAAGGAAUUGAUGACAUCAUUACUAUUUUCAUGCUUGAAGGUGAAUGGGUAUGAGGCUUUCUUCUCCUCCCAUGCUUCUCUAGUGAUGAGUGUAGUUUUGUAAAGCCCAGUCUGGGGUCUUCCUGGCCAGAGAAGAGUUAGCUUGGAGGGGCAUACUAUAUCUGGGUCUGUCUGCCUGUUUUAUGGCUGGAGAGAAUAAAUUGUAAGUAUUUUCAUCUUUUCUCAUCUUUAAUAUAUGUUUCCAGGAAAUCAUAGCACAGUUAAGUAAAGGCUGGGAGGGUGGUUUCCAUCUGUGGUCUCUAAGGCCAUAGUAAGUCUACAAAGCUACAUUAUAUGUUAUUUUAAAUUAAACAUUUCACACCAGACAUAUGAUGAUACUGGCACACAAAAAGUAUUGACAUACUGUUAGUCUGAAAACUCUGGGAACAUGAAUUUAAAGGGACUUUAUACUGCCAUAUCCUUUCCAUCAGACAUCCAGCAGACCCAGGAUGCAUUUUACGUGGAGAUUUGAAAGUGCUGCUGCAACAAUGACUAUGUCAGAGUGGGGCCAAAACAGUGAUUUAAAGGUCUCUGGAGACCUGUAUCUUUUAAAUCAUUUUGAAAGCCAGAGCUUUCAAAAUCAGCCUCUUACCUCAGUUGUGUCAUCCUUUAUUUGAGUCAUUGUACAGUUUAUUUGAGCAAGCCCUCAGGAAUAAGCUGUAUGUAUUAAAAAUACAAUCCUUCUCCUCAUUUAUUUGAAUGAGUUUUGUUUGCUUGAUGCUGAUAUUUUAGGGCAUUUGGACACUAAGUGUAGGAAGUUGCCAUUUUAUUUAUCUCGUUUAUAAAAAGGUAGUCAUAAGUGAAAUCUUUUAAGAAAACUAUUUUAACUGUUCAUUAAAACUGUCCAACAUUUUGCUUGAAUCCAAGUACCUAGAAAAGUAUUGAAGAUUUUGAUGAAGACAGAAUUAUCUUUUGACUAGUGGUUCUACAGAUUUUACCAGCUGAACAAAAAUUUCAGCCUCAAGAAAAGAGCAGAUCCAGACAGCAGCCAUCACUUGGCUCUGCUCGUAGUCUAGAAUCUUAGAUUUCUCAAAUACUUAUCAGUGGAUUCAUAUCUUCCUAUACAAGUCUGAGGGAAUUUUCAGUUACUGAUGUCUGUCCUCAAGCUAUCCUUAUUUUUCCCAUUAGAAAUGUCUCUGCAGCAGCACCAAGUGGAGCAAAUCAGAAAAUGAGGGACUUAGGGACUUAUAGCUAAAUCACCCUGAUGACCCAAGACUUGUGUAAGCAGCAGAGAGAGGCACAGUAAGCCAGAGGUUGAUAGAGAAACUGUGAAGAUACAGUUGUUUCAGACAAGAAGUAAUGGUAGGUCUGUGUCUGCACCAUAUUUUAGAGCACUUGCAGAACACUGGCACUGGUGAAUAACAAGCCUGAUUAUUGCAUUUAAUGUGACGGUGACAGGAUCUCCAACUAUAAAUUUUCCAGUGACCAAUUUUUAUUGCUGGCACAAAAUUAAAAUCCUUUUCAUACAGGAUAUGGAUGUCUGAGUCGUAUCAGGGACACAGAUGCUUUUGUAGCCUUAAAAUAAAGCAUCACAACUGUGACUAGCUGAGAAGACAAACGAGACGAUGAGUGAAUUCUGUAGAAAAACAUACGAGCUCUUAGAGGAACAGUGGGAUCAAGCAUCAGCAGUAAAUCUAGUUGUGCUGUCAAAAAUGUGAUCCGGGCUGCUGAAAAAAUUUGACAAAAUGGGAAAAUAAAUAGCAACAAUAAUGACUUUUCAAUAAUCCCAGUAUUCCUUUAAAGUACACUGUAGAAUUUCCAGGGGGUGGCUUUAGUAGGAUUAUCCUCAGACCACUGAAAUAGAAAAUUAACUAGUAUUUGGAAUACAUGUAAACUUUGGGAAACUCCCAACUUACAUCACCUGAGACAGAGAGCCAGAAGAAUUCAAGUCUUUGUGCUGGCGUAUAAUAGAGGAAAGGGAACUGACACUGUAAAAUAAACAUCUUAGCCGUUGUAGUUGUUCCAUCAGCAACAUGCCUCAGGCCCGCCUCACCUUCUGUGUAGCCAGCACUGACAGCUGUGUGUGCUGAGGCUUCCUGAAACCAGUACCAGCUCCUGGUCUGACAUGUGAGUCCCUCAGCAGUGCUAUGAUGAACUGUGGUUUUAACUGUGUGCCUUUGUGGGUAGCUGCUGCCUGUGGAUCAGCAGGCACACUGCUCUCCUUGCUUUUUCCAACAAGCCUGCUCUAGGUAAGCAAUACCUGAUACAACCAUUACAAAAAUAAGACAACUGGUUUUGUGAUCACUAAGGAGAAAGC